UGGUGAAUAAGCAGCAGCCACCGUCAACAACACGGAACUUCCUGUCUGUAGUUCUGUUUUUCCCCCUUAAAAUAUUAGCUGUCUUGCUCUCAUACAUUUCUGUCAUUAUUAACGCGGAUUUUUACAGUUAUGGAGAAAAUAUGUCGGUCGUGUAUUCCUCUUUUGCAGGGUGUUCGUGUUUUAUUUACUUCGGGCUUCCCGUAGAAGCAGCAACCAUGACAACACGUCCCAGGAUUUCACAGACGUUCAGAGGUGAAUUUAGUUAGCAUAUUUGAAAGUAUUAUCGACAACACUAAAUUAGAAUAUGUACGAGUCACUCAACAUUCCCGUUGGAAACUCCCAGCAUGCAACUCUUACCUUUUCUGUUUCGCUUUCACUUCUGCACUUGUCGAAGUAAACGGAGGGCGAAAGACGUUUUGGUAAGUUUGAAAUGAUCAGAACCGUAAAAUGUUUUAAACAAAAUAGAUGUCGUAAAAGAUAAAACGCUUCAUUGUUCCUGCUAAUUGAGUUAUCGAUGUUACGAUCGUACUCAACUUAGGUCGUUGUCAUUUUGUUGUUGCACGUGGUCUGUUUGUUUGAUAGAAAUCAGGUCUCUUUUAAGACAUCAAGAGGAAUCACACACUUGGACCAAAGACAUAUAACUAUAGUAUUAGUGGGCAUUCUUAUGUUUUGUGCUUGUGUGCUACAGGUGAGAGGGCCUCCUGUUUUCCUUGACGCCAUGUUCCCAGCUCCUUUCCUGCUGCUCCUCCUCUUCUCUCCCUUCUCUCCCUCAUCAGGAGCUCAGCUUCCCACUCAAAACCAAGCCCAGGAUGUCCCCAUAGCCACCAACGGCCAGCCUUUCCCCUGGAACCACAUGAGACUCCCCAAAACCAUCUCCCCCCUCCACUAUGACCUGUCCAUCCACCCCAACCUCACCACCCUCGACUUUACUGGUCUUGUUCGGAUCCAGCUGGAAGUGCAUGAAGACACCAGCACCAUCGUUCUCCAUGCAAAGCAGAUGCAGAUAUCCAAUGCCCUGCUUCUUGCACCUGAAGGAGCCAGAUCCCUUCAGGUGUUGGAGUAUCCUCGUUCCCACCAGCUCGCCCUGCUGUCCGACUCUGUGCUGACCAGAGGGAGGAGAUAUGAAGUUCUUCUAGGGUUUGCUGCCAACCUGUCUGACAGCUACCACGGUUUUUAUAAAAGCAGUUACCGCACCAGCAGUGGAGAGGUCCGGUAAGCGCAAGAGUAACAAAUCAUUCAGUUAUUCAGGAUUAUAAACUUGCUGGACCAGAAUUACAAUGAAUCGAGGCCUCAAAGGAGAAAAGAAAUGGAUGCUGUUUUAUGUGAUAUCACUGAUUCUGUAGGCAAACCUACUAUGGGGGAAAACAACAGGGGAUUAUGGUGUCCGUCCAUCCAGAGUAAAACUUGUAUUCAUUUUCAUUAUCAGGGUUAUGGCCUCAACACAGUUUGAAGCCACCUUUGCUCGUGGAGCCUUCCCAUGUUUUGAUGAGCCUGCCUUCAAAGCCAACUUCACCAUACAGAUUAUACGAGAGCCACGCCACAUAGCCAUAUCCAACAUGCCAAAGGUAUACAUUAAUUUAUUAUGAGGUUAAAUUAAGUCCAAGUGAGGAAUUAUUACAGAUAAACUGGUUAACAACAUCGAAUUCUGUCUACACUUGUCCCUCAGGUGAAGACGGUGGAGUUGCCGGGCGGUUUACUCGAGGAUCACUUUGACACCACGGUCAAAAUGAGCACUUACCUGGUGGCUUACAUUGUGUCGGACUUUCUGUCUGUUAGCAAGACCACUCAGCACGGUGUCAAGGUAAGGAGAUGAAAAUCAGGUGCUGGCCAUUCUAUGUGCAGCUGCUCAAAUUCACUAAUUCACUUGUUUUGGGUUUCAUUUUUGUUCUGCUCUUUCCUGUAAUUUCCCUCAGAUUUCAAUCUACGCUGUACCUGAGAAGAUCGACCAGACAGCCUUUGCUUUGGAUGCUGCUGUCAAGUUGUUGGACUUCUAUGACGACUAUUUUGAUAUUCCUUACCCUCUGCCCAAACAAGGUUAGUGGAAAUGCAUUAUUAUUAUUCAGGGAUUUGACUGUAAUGGCUGCCACUAAUGCUACCAAUGUGAAAACGGAAAAAACAAUGGGACGGCAGGUGAGGUGAAUGUACCAAACUGGACAUAUUUAUUUCCUCUGUGUUUCCUGCAGACCUGGCUGCUAUCCCUGAUUUCCAAUCUGGUGCCAUGGAAAACUGGGGUCUGACUACUUACAGAGAGACCGGCCUCCUCUUUGACCCUGACAGGUCUUCAGCUUCAGACAAACUGGGUAUCACCAAAGUCAUCGCCCACGAGCUCGCACACCAGGUAGCUCACUUACAAAUGUUGAUAAUUUGUUAAAUCCAAGGUUUACCAUCCAGCUGUAAGCAGAAAGUAUUCAUAUUUUUUACAUAUGGAGCUUUUCUGACCUGCUCUUCUGUCUUUCCAGUGGUUUGGAAACCUGGUGACGAUGGAGUGGUGGAAUGACCUCUGGCUCAAUGAGGGUUUUGCUAAGUUCAUGGAGUUUGUUUCCCUGGAUGUCACCUACCCAGAGCUGCAAGUGGUAAGAGCUGAGCACAGACAAUGGACUUUGUACUCGUACUCUUCCUCUUUUUCCAAUCUGUCUCUCUCUAAGUGAAAUUUAGAGGGCAGUAUAAGUACUAAAAAAAGUUCCUACACAACAUCAAACUAAAGAUGAAUUGAUUUAGAAUAAAUUACUGGAUUUUUCAACACUGGGAUGAAACUGAUGUAUAUUUUUAGUCAGUAGUUUAUAUCUUACACAAUGAUGACCUGUUUGCUGUAAACACACUCUCUUUUAGGAUGACUUCUUCUUGGGGAAAUGUUUUGAGGCCAUGGAGGUAGACUCCCUCAGCUCCUCCCACCCAGUCUCCACCCCUGUAGAAAACCCCACACAGAUCCAGGAGAUGUUUGAUGAUGUGUCUUAUGACAAGGUCAGUCUCCCACUGCCAUCAGCUAAAGAAAACUUUGAGUGAUUUCCAUGUAUUCUAAUUUUUUAUUUAUACAAAAUUAACAGGGGAAAAAAAAUCACCUUGUGAUGUGAUUUUUUCUUAGGGAGCAUGUAUUCUGAAUAUGCUGCGAGACUUCCUGACUCCUGAGGUCUUUGAGAUCGGCAUCAUACGAUACCUGAAGCGCUACAGCUACCAAAACACUGUCAACAGCCACCUGUGGGAGAGCCUGACUGAUGUGAGUGUAACUAUAAUAGCUUGAUAUGUUCACUUUUAUAAUACUAAUUUUUAAAAACAUCACUCAUUUCAAUGAAAAGGUGAUAAAUUUGUCUGUUAAUGGAGCUAACUAAGGUUAGAGCAGAGUACUGGUCCUUUCCCUGAACCCUGUCUCAGUAUUUAUGAAAACAUGUUUUUUUAGUUAUUAUUUAAAAUUAUGUCAGGUGUAAUUGUGUCUAUCUCUGUUGUUAUGAUUCUCUGCGGUUCUCUAACAGAUCUGCAAGACAGAUGAUGUGACUGAAGGGGGAAGGAAACAUAAAGAGCACUGCUCUAAACAGAACCUGCAGUCUGGAGCCUCCGUAAGUGGAAAGACAAAGAAUAACUUAGAAAUCUGAUAUUAUACACCAUCACAUAUAAAAUGGUUUUCAUGCAUUUACAGUGGUUCCAACUCAACACUUUAAAUUUGAUUAAUUUAUAGGUCACAGUAAAAUGAUGUGUUAAAAAAGGAGGAUUUCUGAAUAAUUUUUGGCAGGGCUGGCCUGGAAUCACUAAUCAUUGAUUUGAAUUAAAUAAUUAGACCAUAUUCUCAACCCCUAAAAAGAGGACACUUCUACACAGGGCAGAGUCGCACGCAAAAUUUUAAGGGUUUUUCGGGUCAGGUCGAGUGUUUUUACAUGCUUUUAACUCAGUUUGUCCACCGUACACAAACUCAAAACUUCCAUACAAAACUCUGGACAUUUGGAGGAUUUUAUAAACUCAGGCCAGACAGCCCCCCAUAAAGGGGACAUGUCUGAGUAAAAGAGGAUGCAUGGUCACCCUAUUUGAAUCAAUUUCAAGAAACAUCCCUGGUGCUGUAAAAAGUGAUUCAUGGGGGAAAUCUUAAAACUUGUAACUUCUAGUAGAUAGAAAAAAGUAGGAGCAAGACUUUCCUGAUUGAUACUCAGGAUAUCAUAUACCAGGUAAAUUGGAUUUUUCUCAGACAAGCAUGUGAUUUAAAAAAUAUUUAGAAAGAAAUGUGAAUGGGUAAAAUUAUUUGUCAAAUGUACUUUUGAACUACGACAUUACUCUAGAAGAGGUGAGAGCUGCUCUUAAUAAAUCAAAGCCAGUGAACUCCUUUGAUGGAUGAAAUGCUGGUCUGAAGUCCGGACAUGUUUUUGGAGCACUGAUGAUGAGAAGUUGACAUAGUUGUUUAACUAUAACACAAACUAGUCUCUUUUGUUUUCAACACAUGUAGGAAACAUCAGAACAGUUUAUUUCUGUAAGAUAGUUUUGUAAUCUCCAUGUCUACUUUGGUCUUUGGUUUUGGUGUGUAAAUAAAUGGCGUCCUAUAAGCCUCUUGGGCCGGGCAUAUUCUAUAUGCAUGACGCAAUAAUAAAAAUAUGUCAGAUCAUUUCAUAUAAUGGUGAUAACGAUGAUGAUGAUGAUGCAAGUCUGAAGUGUUAUGCAGAGAUAAAGAGUAGUUAUGGUAUGAGAUUACAGUAAGAACCAUAUCCUCCUUCCACCAAUUCUUACUCACUUUCCAUAAAUGUCUAAUCUAAUCAUGAGACCAAUUACUCAACACAGCAGCCUCAUAUCACCCUCGAGAGUUUGAAUCAAAUCACAAACUGUUGACCUGAAUAAAUCAUAUCUAAAAUAUCCACAUACCAAAUUGACCUCUACGUGUUCCUUGAGUAUGAUGUGUGUUUUUACAAACACAGAAGUGGUUCUCUGGUGAUGAGCUGGAUGUCCGGGCCAUCAUGGACACCUGGACGCUGCAGGAAGGCUUCCCACUGGUCACCGUGGAGGUCAGAGGUCGAGAGGUCAGACUCAGUCAGGAGCGGUACCUGAAGACAGAUGAUCCCUCUCUCACUGAAGGGUACAAAUUUCAAAGUUAUAUUUUCCCUCUUUGCUCAAGUCUGUGUCCCUGAAUUUGAAUCGUAGAUUUCUUUUUGACUUAACCAGACAGUGGAGUUGAAGGUUGGCAGAUUCUUUUAUAAAUACUGCACAUACUAUCCAAAGCUAUCUCUGAUUUAAGUAAAUGUUAGCUUGUUUUGAAAUACUUGUUGUCUUUUGAUUUUUCUGACUUUUUACUCUGGUUAUGAUAGAUUCCUGUGGGAGAUCCCUUUGACCUACAUGACCAGUGAAUCGAGCACCAUCCACCGCUUCCUGCUGAAAUCUAAGACAGGUGAGUGUAUCUCUAGAUGUGAAGACACUGAGUCUUGGUUUGCUGUUUUGACAUUUUUUAUUUUGUACACAGAUGAGUAAACAUCACAUUUCUCUCUCCCCCACAUAGAUGUACUGUUCCUGCCCAAGGAAGUGGACUGGGUGAAGUUCAAUGUGGACAUGAGCGGAUACUACAUGGUCCACUACGCAGGUGAAGGCUGGAACUCCAUCAUCAAACUGCUGCAGCACAACCACACAGCACUGAGCGGCAACGACCGAGCCAGCCUCAUUCACAAUGUCUUCCAGCUGGUCAGGUCUGUCCUGCAGUUUAAUUGACGGAAUCUGAACCCCAUUACAGACCAUAUGGUUAAAAUGCUGUCCACUUUUUGCUUCAGCUAGUUUUGAAAUGUGUUGAUUGGAAGCCUGCUGUGUGUGUUUCAGUGUUGGGAAGGUGAGGCUGGACACGGCUCUAGACCUGUCCCUGUACCUGUCCAAAGAGACUGAGAUCAUGGCUGUGACUCAGGGCUUUGGGGAACUUGUACCUCUCUACAAACUGAUGGAGAAGAGAGACAUGGCAGCUCUGGAGAACCAGAUGAAGGUUAGUGAAGCCGGCCUUCAAACACAAAAUUUACUAUUCCCUUUCAAUAUAGUAGUAGACAAAUUUAAAUAUCUUGGAGUAGAUAUUUCUAAGAAAGACUCACUUUUAUCCGAUGAAAAUUAUUUUCCAUGAAUUACAAAAUUAAUAUCAAACAUCCGGUCCUGGAAAACCCUGCGUAUUUCACUCCUUGGCAGAAUAUACGCCAUAAAAAUUAUAUUUUACUCGAUCUAUUUAAAACAAUUCCAAUAUAUCUCCCCAAAUCCUUCAUCAAGAAGCUAGAUUCCACAUUACCAAUUUCAUUUGGGAUUACAAGACACACAGGAUACACAAAAAACCUUCCAUUGAUUGAUAAUUUCCCUUCAUGUGUUUCUCAGGGAUAUAUCGUGGAUUUGUUCCGGGGGCUGAUUGAUCGUCAGGAGUGGACUGACUCUGGAUCAGUGUCUGAGCGAGUGCUGAGGAGCUACCUGCUGCUGUUUUCCUGCGUCAGGAAUUACACUCCCUGUUUAACCAAAGCCACUCAGCUCUUUGACCAGUGGAAGGACUCUGAUGGCACCAUGAGGUCUAGAUCACUUACAGAUCUCUGUUUAUGCAGUAGUAUUUGAAUUUUGACUUUUAUAAGCAUAUGUUCAGAGCGAUUCAUUCUCUGUUGUUGUUGUUGAUUUUAGCCUUCCUGUGGACAUCACUAUGGCAGUGUUUAUUAUUGGAGCGCGUUCACCUGAGGGGUGGGACUUUCUCUUUGAGAAGUACCGCACUUGGCUGCAGAUGUCUGUAAAGAGCCGCAUGAAGACUGCCAUGGCAUUCAGUCCACUGAAGGACAAGAUCCAGUGGUGGGUACAUUUUUACUUUUCCAUUUUCUUUCCUCCUUUGUUGCAUUCCUUCUGACCUCCUAUCUGAUCUCUUUCACUUCUCUCUCCUCUUGUUUGCUCUCUCUCUGCCUUUUUUCUUUUACAUUUCUCCUGUCUGCAGGAUGAUGGAGCAGAGCCUCCAUGGUGAAGUGAUGAAGACUCAGGAUCUCCCGGAUGUGAUCGUUUCUAUCAGCAAGAACCCUCAUGGAUACAAACUGGCCUGGGACUACAUGAGAGCCAACUGGCACAUUAUGAUCAAGAAGUAAGUCAGCUCCGACAUGCUUUAAUACACAAAAUAAACUCUUUAAAUUCAUGUAUUUAUCUAUGGGACAGUGAAGACUUACAGUUAUUGUAUGGAGGAGAACAUGCAGCAAAUGUCAAAGAUUGGAAUCAAAGCAAAGACAGCUGUGAGGUCUGUAGCCUGUGUAAGUUAGGUGCACGCCUACAAGCAAGACUAACCAAAUUUUAAAUACAUUUCAGAAUACAGAAAGUAAGUAAAAUGUUUGUAGAAUCGAGUUAUCUCAGGUUUUAAAUAACUCCAAGUCAUAUCAACUUUGUAAGUAUUUUAAUCAUCUGUCUUAAUGAUGUCUUGUUGAUGUGUUUAUGAUUCAUAGGGAGUCACUAAACUAUCUUCUUAGAAAAACUGUUAUUCUUAACAUGCUGUCUUGUGUCUGUGUUUUUACCAAAGAUUUGAUCUGGGCUCCAGCACCAUAUCAUUCUUAGUGACCGGGGUGACCAACCAGUACUCUACCAGGGAGAUGUUAGACGAGGUAUGCAAGAUUAUGUGUCCAAUAAACAGUUUGCGUCUUUAACAAUGAGAAAAUCCACUUUUUAGGUGAUGAUGAUCCUCUUCCUUUUUUUCUUGGUUGUUUAUCUGAAAUCUCACUUGACAAUAGUAGAAAAUUUACCUGUGUAUUAAGUAGAUAAAUGAAUCGAAGUCAUACAAGUUAUGAAAUAGUUUUUUUCAGUGUGUCUCACUAAUGUGUGUGCAGGUGAGAAGCUUCUUUGGCUCCCUGACUGAGGAGACGGGCUCAGAGAUGAGAUGUAUCCGACAGGCUUACGAGACCAUUGAGGAUAACAUUCGCUGGACGGACGCCAACUUCCCUCUGCUGCAGGCCUGGCUGGACAAACGCAGCCGCAAAACUGUGCAUGAAGACUUGUAGCGACAGGAUCAGCAGAAUUGUCUCAUGUGAAUUUGCUGGUACGGCACAAAUUAUCAAAGAUGUGUGAGUCAGUCUCGAGACUUACAGCUUUAAGGUGAAUCACAAGUUUAAACAUCAGCAUCUCCUGAAAAAGAGAAAUAAAAAAAAUAAAUAAAAAACAGAGAUAGGAUGAAGACCCCGGAUCAUUACUGCACUUAAUCAAUUAACCAAAGCUGGCUGAUCCGACUUAGUGAUCAAAAUUUCGGACUUGUGAUUCAUAAAAUUGUGUGCCUGUGCCAACUUAAAUGGGUACCCUCAUAUUUGACCAGAUCUGAGUAGUUAAAGAUUUUGCUGAGAAAACAAUCUUGUGGUAAAGGGCUGAAGGCAUGGUUGUGGUUGUAAAAAGUUUGUGUUGUUUGCAGGGAUGUGUUUUUUUUUUUUUCUUUUACCUGAGGUGGUAGUAAUAUGAGUGCAGUGUUUUCUAUCUGCUCUAAGAAAUGUGUUUGUUUGUUUUUUACAGAGAGCAAAAAUAUCAACAUUGUGUAGAUUUGUACAAAUACUUACAUUUUCUUCACAUCUGAUAGUUUUUUCUAUGAUUUUGGCACCAGAUCACUCCUUUUAUCAAACCCAGAAACUUAUUUAGAAAAAUCUUGAAAGUUCCCUUCAGAGAAAGCAAGUGUGGUGUUACUCAAAACAUCAUAAUGAAUUCACUCUUAGCACUGUCUGUAGUCUCAGGGAUAGAUAUGAUUUUUGGGACCACUGGUUCUUCUUGGUAGCUUAUUUAUGAAUUCUCUUAUUGAAGUCAGAAAACCCAGACUUAAUGAGAAUGUAUAAUGAUGGAAUCAAAACUACAUCUAUAAAGCUUUACAUCAAUCCCUGUAUGUGAUAACAAGUUUAGUUUAUUUGCACAUCAUAAAAUCUCAGCAAACAAAAAUUUGUGAAUGCUCAAACAUUGUGCAGGGGAGGUUAGAAGGCCCGAACAGUUCAUGAAGAUGCCUCCCCUCAAGAAUAUACAAGAGAUGAAUGAAGCAGCAAUACAGAUCAGUUUAAAAAAAGAGCAAUAACAUAGAUGUGUACAAGACAAACGGUCUUGCAAACUUCAUGUGAGUAAACUUUUUUAAUACUUUUUGAAAGAUGAUGAUGAUGAAGAUGCUGUUAGUAAAGAUGGAGAGUAGAGAGCUUCUUGUGUUAUAUGAAUGAAUGUCUGAUGAGGACUGGGCAGGUCUUGUGUUAAGUGUACGCAGUUGUACUUCAACACACAGGUCUGAUAAAUGUCCACAUUUAAGACUGAUAAAAGUUUUGCACUUUCUGAAAGAGGAUCAGAUGGGUUACAUCUUUUAGAAAAAUUAAUAAUUCUCAAAAUUUCAGUUGGAUUAACAAAAUAGUUAAAGAAUUAGGUCAAGUGGUUGCUCAUGCAAUGUGACAGUACAUAAUGAAAGGAUAAACUAAACUGUAAUAAAGAUUUAUUUAUAUUUAUAUUAAGAGAGUUUGUCCCUCUGAAACCAAUAAGAAAAACGAGAAGUAUCAUCAACAGAUAAUGCAUGUAAGUAUACUCACAGACUUUGGGUAGUUUAUUUAUGUUAUUAUUAUUAUCAGGAACAACAGAGGUCCAAAGAUUAAAAAAAAUUAAACCCUGAGGUACCCCAUGUAUUAGCUUGGCUCGGAUUGAGUUUUGACCAUUUUCAGAUACACACAGUUCUCUGUCAUUUAAGUAACUCUCCAGCCAACUAAAGAAGACACCAUGGAAUCAUAUUUUAGUAUUUUUGCAAAAAGGAUAUGAUGUCAUAGGCUAAUAUCAAGUUUCAGAAAUGCUGAGAUGUUUUUUUAUUGUCUAGGUUUGCAGAAAUUUUAUAAACUAGCUGCAAAAGGGUCAUUUCUAUUGAUCAACCAUAUUGAUGGCUGUACAUUACGUUAUUUUCAUUCAAAUGUUAUUUAAUUCUUGAAUAUGCAAGUUUUUCAAGGACUUAAGAAAAACAAGGCAUGGCAGAUAUUGGACAGUAGUUAGUGAAUUUAUGAGGAUCGCCUGAUUCGAACAGUGGUGUGAUUUUGAUGUACAACUCCAGCCUUGAGAGACAAAGAUAAAACAUUGGUUAGGGUCUCAACAAUGUAAGUAGUUACCUUCUAUAAAGACUAUUCUUUAUUUCUUCAUGACCUGCUGCAGAAUCUUUCAUUUCCAAUAUGAUGUGCACUUCUUCUGAGGUAGGAGGAUCAAACAUACUGAUGCACAGAUACCACUCUGUGAUGUUUACGAGGAGGGAUUUAUUCUCAUUUUAUAUGACUUUUGGCAAUAAAGGACCAACAUUUACAAUUUUUUUAAACAUAUAUAUAUAUAUAUAUAUAAGUUUAUGAAACACGUGUUUAUCUACCACUGAUAAUUUGGUAGGUGGUCAAGCAGAGUGGAAAAAUAAGAUCAUCAAGUCAUUGCAUAAUAUCAGAAACCAGUGCGGCACAAUGAUAAAAGAUUGUAAAACAAUAUGAGGUUACUGGACGAGCUGUGUUCUUGAGCUUAAGUAGGUCCAUUAUGUUUCCAGAGAUGGGCAAUAAAAUAAUCUCGGUGUCUCAGGCAUUUAUGGGGCUUAAGUUCAAAGUUUAUUUCCCUGUUGAUGCAUGUGGGAGAAAAGAGAGUAGACACCAUCAACAGUAAAUAACUGAUGUGUCCUUGUCUGAGGUGGACACUGAAGGAGUGAAGAGUCAUUUUUUUUAAAUAUUUAACAAAUUUUGAGAUUUCAAAUGGAAUGAAUUGUCAUGAAUUCACAUUUAGGACCUGCGGCUUUUAGGCUCUUAAACAUCAGUUUAAACUUUGUGGUCAUGUAAACAAUAAAUGAUCUUGGGAUGUAGGUUUUGUUUAGCAUUUAGCCCAAGAUCAGUGGCUGCAGUCCUCGACUGUGGGCA